AUGAUCAAGUCUUACGACACGCCUCUUAAAUCAGACAUGUUAGAAUUGUUAGAGCUCCUCAUGACAAAGGCCUCCAGCUACUUGUGGUCAAGUGUUCGUUCAUUCCAUGGUCACAUCGCCAAACCGGUCGAGUUGUGGCGCUUGGAAUGGACCAGCCUUUCGGAGAUUCGCGAAAAAGCCAAUACCUAUUUAAAGCAUUCUGAUCUCCGUUCCAGUCAACUUAGGCCCAAUAUAACGAGUACUUUGUCUUCGCCAAGUGUUCCACCCGCCCACAAUCAGCGCCCUCCAACAAAACCUGAAGCCAAUAAGCCAUGUCGUCAGUGGAACUAUUGCGGCUCCUGUUCAUGCGACAAAGCGAAUUUAGAAUCCUUCCAUGCCUUCCACAAGUGCAGGGUGUGCGCCAAGGAUCAUCCUAUGCUGCAUUGCCCAAAGCGAAGAAACCCAAUUCCUCCUCAUAAUUCAUCAUGA